AUGAAUUCGGAAGAAGAUAGUGACGAGAUUUACGAUGAAAUUGAUCGGCAUUAUAUGUCACUGGAUAUGCCUGAUGGUGACAAGGUAGAUACUGUGGUUCGUAGGCAGGUAGAGGUAUUAAACGUCGAAGGCGAUUCAUCAAAUGAUGAUGAUUCUAAUUAUGACAAUGAAGAGGAAAAAAAUCUUUUUUCGGAUUCUGACGAAAAUGAUUUAAAUAAUGUCGAGAACUUAUUACCUUCGGCGGAUAAAUGGGGUAGUGGUCGAAGAAGUUUCUACAACACUUCAUAUGUCGACGAGGACUGGGGUGGCAUGAAUGAAACAGAAGCAGAAUUAGCCGAACUGGAAGAAGAGGACGCCAUUGUAAGGCAGAAGAAACUAGACGCUGCUCUUGGUCUUUUGCCCAUGCAAUUCCAGGAUGAAAUUCAGGAAGAUAAAACCGCUUGUGAUUUGGAUGAACCUCCAGAUAUCGAUAGCAUGACUGCAGAAGAACAAUACCAAUAUUUUUUAAAAGUUAAUCCUGAUUUGGAGCAGAUACUUAAUGAAUAUCAAGCGAAGAGAGCAUAUUUUCUAAGCGAUGUGCUUCCCCUCUUAGAUUUGACUUAUUCAAUGAAACAUUUUCGACCAGGCUUAGUACUAGAAAAGCAACUACGUCUUGCAGUUAAUGUAUUUUCGAGAUACCUAACCAAUUUGUUGUUUGCAAUUCACAUAAAGAUUGCCGGCAAUUCUUAUCAGCUUCCUCAGUUUAUUGAUCAUCCUGUUCUGCAGGCUCUCUCAACUCUUCGAAAAAAAGUGUUCGUUGUUAUGCAGUUCCUUGAAAAACACGAUGUCAUUCUGCGGAAGAUAAGAAGUAGCAUUAAAUCAAGAAAUUUCGGGAAUAUGUUGGGUACAUUGCCAACAGUAGAGUUUGCACGGAAGUCGAAAAUUUCUAAGGAAGGUAAAAAAAAUGAGCAACAAUUAAUCGAAUCAGAUGGAAGGAACAAUGAUGUUCAGGUUGUGAGUGACGAACUGCAGGAAGGGAUUGUGAAACGUUCAAUAACCAAACAAAUCGAGAAGAAUAAAGGUUUGCAAAAUAAGCGGAAGAAAGGGACACAACAUUCACGAAUCAAGAAGAGGAAACAAUUCAAGAAAGCGUUAAUCAAAAAGCACUCACAAAAGGCCGAUGCACGAAAGGAGUUAACUCCAUAUGGAGGCGAAACUCGAGGAAUCAGAGUAUCGACUGUGAGAAGCAUUAAACUGAAAGCUUAG